AUGGUGAUCACCAACCCACAACUGCACCCUGCAGUUGAGUUUAACAAUCAAGGGUUCCGAACUGGUCGUGAGUAUGCCAGGUACUUGCGGAGCUUUUGUGAUCGUCCCAUUCAACCAUCCUUUACCAUUCAGCCUUCCGCGUUCAACAAAUAUGGAAUGGAUCUUCCUUCCAUGUUGAAUGGUCUUGGCUGGAGUUCUUUGGUAGAAGACCAACGAUUCAGCUUUUGUCCUGAAGCAGUCAGGAUGUUCUAUGUGAACAUCAAGAGGGGGCCUGGUCCUGAACCAUAA